AUGUCAUCUGAGCCACGAACCACGCACGAUGAUGCCACACCAGGACCAUCUACACCAAGGAGUGAAAAUCAAGAACCUAUCAAAGGAAUCCUGAAGCGGCCUUCAAUGAAACAGCAUGAGGCCAGAGAUCAGGUUGUGCCUACGAUCACUCAUCGACCAUCACCUGAUCGGUUUCCGGAUAAGCCAGGCACUCGAAUUCCAAAGUUGUCAGUCACAUGGUGGGAAAAGAACGCCGUUGCGAUAUUCGGUGAUACCAGUGAUGAAAACAACACCGAUUCAGAACAACUAUUCAAGGAUCUUGGGAAUGGAUCUAGCUCGCAAACACCCGAGGAGAGGCAAACUGCAAUUCUCGAUUCUGAAGAAGAUUCCGAAGAUGUUGUGAUGGAGCAGGAUGUCUGCGGUAAGUUCAGUCAGACUGCUUCCUCAUUGGGCGUUAGUGGUGUACUGUUG